UUGCUGGCGGUCGGGGCGGGGCUGGAAGACAGGGAACCAAUUGUGUGUGUGUCAGUCAGUAGGUCUCGCCGUCUGUCCUUGCAGAAUUGCUUGUCAAGAAAUUCCUGCGUCAUUGAGAUUUCUUUUGUAGAAGAUGUUGCAAAAUACAGGUAAACUGGCAGGAUGCACCCUCUUCAUCACUGGAGCUAGCCGAGGUAUUGGAAAGGCCAUUGCGCUGAAAGCUGCCAAGGAUGGUGCCAAUAUAGUGAUAGCAGCAAAGACUUCACAGCCUCAUCCUAAAUUGCCUGGGACGAUUUACACAGCUGCAGAGGAAAUUGAAGCAGCUGGAGGGAAGGCCUUUCCUUGUGUGGUCGACGUGAGAGAUGAACAGCAGGUCAGUAAUGCUGUGGAGCAAGCUGUGAAGAAGUUUGGAGGUAUUGACAUAUUGGUGAAUAAUGCUAGUGCCAUUAAUUUAACUGGUACUGUGGAAACCCCCAUGAAAAAAGUUGAUCUCAUGUUAAACAUCAAUCUAAGAGGGACAUAUCUGACAUCCAAAUAUUGUGUUCCAUACCUUCGAAAAAGCAAAAAUCCACACAUUUUGAAUCUUAGUCCACCACUCAACUUGAAACCAGUCUGGUUCAAGAAUCACACAGCAUACACUAUUGCCAAAUAUGGAAUGUCCAUGUGUGUCCUGGGAAUGGCAGAAGAAUUCAAAGGAGAAAUUGCGGUUAAUGCAUUGUGGCCAAGAACUGGUAUAUUGACAGCUGCCAUGGAAAUGUUGGGGGGAGGAGGAGUGGGAAAGCAGUGUCGAAAGCCAGACAUCAUGGCGGACGCGGCUUAUUCCAUUCUGAGCCGCCCUGCAACGUUUACUGGCAACUUUGUCAUUGAUGAAGAUCUGCUCCGGAAAGAAGGAAUCAAAGAUUUUGAUGUGUAUGCAGUAGCUCCUGGUCACCCUCUACUUCCUGACUUCUUUCUUGAUGAUGAACCAGAGGCUUUGGCAGAGAAGAUGGAAGAAUAUGGUGCUUCUCCUGCAUUUAAAAGUGGAAAAGCCAAGACGGAGAGCAGCAGCCCUGUGACUGAGACCUUUGAAAUUAUAAAAGAGAUUCUAAACCCUGAUGUUGUCAAGUCUACACAAGGCAUUUAUAAAUUUGACCUCUCUGGGGAACACUCUGGCAUCUGGUACAUUGACUUGAAGAAUGGCUCAGGCAGUGCGGGCAGUGGGGAUCCUCAAGACAAACCUGAUGUGACAAUGAGCAUGGACAGCGCUGAUUUUGUAAAGAUGUUCUCAGGAAAGCUUAAACCAACCAUGGCUUUUAUGUCUGGCAAACUGAAGAUUAAAGGAGACAUGGGCUUGGCUAUUAAAAUGGAGAAGAUGAUGGGACAGUUGAAACCUAAACUGUAAUUUUCUAAAGCAGAUUUUUAUUUUGAGCCCUUCUUAAACUGAAUUUGUUUGUAUUAUGUGUCUUUUGUAAGUACAAAUUUAUAAGUAAAUUUAAUAAUAAAUUAUAAUUAUAAUAAUUAUAUAUUAUAAUUAUAAUUAAUAUAUUAUAUUAUAAUUAAUUAUUAUUAGAUAAUUUAAUUAUUAUAAUUUAAAAGCAAAUUCACUUUAUUUUUGAGAUGUAUGUUCUUAUAAUACGAUGUGAGACACAAAAAUAACCGGAUUGGGCUUGGGGCUUUCCUGGAAAACCCUCUGGAGGUUGGCUGGACGUGAAUCAUAGACGCAUAUCCCCUCCUACACGCCCUGUCAAACCGCUGACCGGCUGGGUGUAUCCUGUGAAGAGCCCAGUCAGUAUUUACACAACAAUCGCUACACAAGUUGCCACUAUAAAGUCGGGUGAAAAAAAAUCGAACAGCGAAUCAACAUCAAAUUUCUUGCAAAUUUUCUCCUUUUUCUGUAAAGCAGUUUUUGACUGAUAAAAACAUUCCUGUCCUUGCUCAUCCUCCCUUUUUGCCCGAUUUAGCUCCCUGUGAUUUUUUACUUGUUCCCGAAAAUCAAAAGCGACCUGAAGGGAACACAUUUUUCUUCAAUGGAUGAAGUGAAGACAGAAACGGCAAGCCUGUUGAAGAGCCUCAAGCAAGAAGAUAAUGGAAGAUACGUAUGGAUCGGUGUAGAGAUCAGGAGGGGAGUAUAUAGCAGGUGACAAUGUUUAAGAAUGCUGUAAUUCAGCAGUAAAUAUUUUUUUUACCAGUUGGGUUAUUUUUGUGUCUCACUUCAUACAUUUACAGUAUAUGGCAUAAACCAUUGCAAUAAGUCAAAGUCUGUAUUUAAUAAUGUAUUCAAUUUAUGAAAAUUCUUUAAAAUCUAUCAGCAAAAAAAUCAAUUUCCUUUUAAUUGAAUGUAAAAGAGUGAGUUGGUUUUGGAGGUUUCCUCUUCAUUUGUCUCCAUUUUUCUACUGAAGGGGUACUGGUGGCAAGUGACUUGGUACUUCAUUGUUUAUAAUCGGUAACUUAGCUGCAACACCAUAGCUAUUUAUGUCAUUUUUUUUUGCAUGUUUUGCUUUUUUAAAUUAUAGUUAUGGUCGGAAAAAAAAACUGGAAUAUCCUUAAUGAAAUAAAAAUCGCUGUUGUAAUACUAA